AUGAACCAAAUCAGUAUCAUCUUUCACAUUAUCAUCACUUUGAAAGGUGCUGAAGCAGCAAGAGCGUUCUUCGUUUUCGGGGAUUCGCUUGUUGACAAUGGCAACAACAACUUCUUAGCAACCACAGCUCGUGCUGACUCAUACCCUUAUGGCAUUGACUCUCCUUCUCAUAGAGCCUCUGGUCGUUUCUCCAAUGGCCUCAACAUGCCUGAUCUUAUCAGUGAGAAAAUAGGGUCUGAACCCACAUUGCCAUAUUUGAGUCCGGAGCUUGAUGGAGAGAGGUUACUUAUUGGUGCCAACUUUGCUUCUGCUGGGAUAGGAAUUCUCAAUGACACUGGAAUCCAGUUUAUAAACAUAAUACGAAUUAGAGAGCAAUUAGAGUACUUUAAGCAGUAUCAAAGAAGGGUGGCAGCACUAAUUGGAGAGCAAGAAACUGAAAAUUUAGUGAACCAAGCAUUGGUGCUUAUAACAUUAGGGGGCAAUGAUUUUGUGAACAACUAUUACUUGGUUCCUUUCUCUGCAAGAUCUCGAGAAUUUGCUCUUCCUGAUUACGUUGUCUUCCUCAUUUCUGAGUAUCGCAAAAUUCUUGAGAGCCUGUAUGAAUUGGGAGCAAGAAGGGUUCUGGUGACAGGAACAGGGCCAUUAGGAUGUGUUCCUGCAGAAUUGGCCCUUCACAGUAGAAAUGGAGAAUGUGCGGUUCAACUUCAAGCCGCUGUUAACUUGUUCAACCCUCAAUUGGUCCAAUUGAUCAACCAACUCAACUCUCAAAUUGGAUCCAAUGUUUUUAUUUCUGCAAAUGCCUUCACUAUGCACUUGGAUUUCGUUAAUAAUCCACAGGAAUACGGAUUUGUAACAUCAAAAGUAGCAUGUUGUGGUCAAGGAGCAUACAAUGGAAUAGGGCUAUGCACACCAGCUUCAAACUUGUGUCCAAACAGAGACCUCUUUGCAUUUUGGGAUCCCUUCCAUCCCUCUGAGAAAGCUAAUAGAUUGAUCGUAGACAAAUUCAUGACUGGAUCCACUGAAUACAUGAGCCCCAUGAACCUUAGCACAAUUAUGGAGUUAGAUUCUAGGAUCUAA